CAGUGCCACGUACGCUGUGCGCGCGAUAAAGCCGAAGAAGUAGCACGUCUUGGAAGCAAGAGCCUGCAAAUUUCUGCGUGCUCGCUUCAGUGUCCGCAAGGUUUACCCAUACUCCCAGUCAUGAAGUCUUCUGCAGCCGCUGUCUUCGCUCAGGUGUUCGCACUUUCCAUCGUCGCCACGACACUCGGCGGCGGUCAGUCCGGAUUUGGUGGAAUCGGUGGCGGAUUUGGCAGCGGAUUUGGUGGUGGACUUGGUGGCGCCAUUGGCACAUUCUACCCACCGCAACCGUACAGCUUCGGCUACGACAACGUCGACCAGUACGGCACCAAGUCCUUCCACAAAGAACAGGGCGACGCCUCUAACAGAAAGACAGGCAUGUAUGGCUACACGGACGCCAACGGCAUCUUCCGCCAGGUGAAGUACAUCGCUGAUGCUGGCGGAUUCCGCGCGAAGGUUGACACCAACGAGCCCGGAACCGCCCCUGGAGCCAGUGCCGACGCGGUCUACAAUGCGAACCCCCUCCCCGCUGGCCCGCAGUACCGAAUCAUUGGUGGAUCCUCCCCCUUCUCCUCACCCUACACGAGCGCCUCCACUUCUGUCUUCGGUUACGGCCGUCCUUGGUCUGGAUAGUCAAGUGUGUGACGUAGGGAAGCGUUUGUUGAAUAUUUGACCCCGCUUCUGACGAUGUUCCCGUCUCAAAGGAACAGGCUAGCCAGCGGUUGUCAGAAUAAUCUUCAAUGAGAAUAAAAACCCCGUUCAGUGA